UUGCAAGAGGGGAACUGUCGCGUCUGAGGAAACUACUCGAGGGAAGAGGGGUGAGAAGCUACGUGGGAGGCAUGCCUUACAUAUUGGUCAGCACGCAGAUCAGACUGGAGAACGGCCCGACCAAUGUGGGAGAUGAGUAUUCUGAUCCAGAUGUCAUGAAUUACUUGGGAGCAAGGAAAACAACCAUGCUGGGAAAUAAUUUUUCCGAGUACCAUGUGGACGAGCCUCCCCGCCUGGUGUUGGACAAGUUGGAGAAGAUCGGCUACCGCAUGCUGACGAUGACGGGGGUGGGGCAGACGCUUGUGUGGUGCCUUCACAAGGAGCCCGAGUGAUGUGAAGACAGGUGGAGAUGGAAACAUGCCAAGAACUUGAUUUUUUUUUUGCUUGUUUUCACUGUGACAUUCUCCGUGCUGCCAAAUUACCAAGCCCUCCAUCUCCUAUAGUCUUUGCCCUCAUUUCGAAUCAUAGGUGUGCUGCAGGCUAUCCGAGCUAACUUUGGGCGCAACGUGGGAUACACCCUUGCCUGAUCGCCAGCCAAUCGUACGCUGACAAUUUCAGAAAAGCGAAAUACAUGUAUGAUCCCGUACAGCUGAUUUCUUCCUUUCCUUUUAUUUCAUUUCAUUUACUAAUGAUGACCAAAUGUACAUGUAGGGAGUGUCAGCUAGUUUGACUGCCUAUGGGUAUUUACAGUAAAUACAAACCACCAGUGCAAACAUGUGAAACACUGUGCUUAUUAAGUUUGGAUUGACAGUAAUGUUGACAAAGGCGUUCCACAAGUCUCACAGGCUUAUGAUUAAAUACUUAAAUGUGGUUUUACUGUGUAUUUAUUGGAUGAGUAAUCGACCAUGUAGAGAACUAUGGAACAUUACAUAGGGUAUUUGCAAAAUAAAGGAAGCCAAAUGUAA